GACGGUUAACUAACUGGCAGUUUUUACCGAGCUUAGUUAAAGUAGUGCCCUGAUAUUUUAAAGACUAUUUUCAAUUGUCUGUGUUCUUUUUAAUGUAGAUCAGUGUCACUGAGUGCAAAUGCCACCAAAAGCAGCUAAAAGGGUCUCAGACAAAAAGCCCAACGCUUCUGGAGCCGCAGUUGUCAGUAAGAACUGGGAGGCUGGACUCACCAGAGCACCGUUUGAAGAGGAGUCAUGGCAAGCCUGUGUGUCUUUGGUGGUCGGGAAUAGUCCCGAGGAGGAGGAUGAGCUGACCCAGGCUUUGUCUUUGGCCAUAAAGAAACCACAACGCAAACUUUUCAACUUGUUGACCUGGGAUAGCACCCUUACCAAGAUCCAUGAACUGGGGAAUCUCAAAGCAAAACGGCAUGAUGACGUCCCCAUGUUCUAUGAGGUUACAGAGCCUGCUAAGGUGCUGCUGGAUGCAGGAGAGGAGAUUCCUUGUGACCUGAUGGCAAAUAUACUGAAGUUCCAGCUGCUACAGAUCAAAGCCCAUGAUCAGCAGAGGAGGGAAACCGAGCAGCUGUUUAAGGCCGAGGAGGAGAAGGAAAAGGCCGGUCCUCCUUCUGCCAGCAAGGACAAAGGAGGGGCCAAAGUCUCUGACAAAAAGGGAAAGUGUCCGUCCUCACCUGUGGGACCUUCCAAGGAGAAGAAGACCAAGUUAAAACGCAGGGAUGAUGUUGAGCCUCCAAAGUUCAUAGAUGACGAACCACAGGAUGGUCCUCAACACUACGUGCUGAUACUGGGAUUCUUCCAGCCCCACCUGAUCGGAGCGCUUGAUGCCAUAGGUGUACAUGUAGACAAUGUCAUUAAAUUGUGUUCGGAGGGCCAGCAGGAAAACCCCCCCUGUGGGGGCCAUGAGCAGAGUCUGAGCGCACCUCCGAUUUUGGAUGCAGAAGCAGAGGUUCAUGGUCAUGUAGAGUUGGCUCUGCAGGCCAGGAAGUUGGAUGUAUUCUGGUCCGGUCUGAGACCGGUGUUGGACAGCAGGCCACAUGAGUCCAAGCUCCAUGAUGUGGUUCAGCUCAGCUACACUGUCCCAGGUCUCUGGCCUGCCUUCCAAACACAGGACCCUGAGGCUCAGCUGGAGAUGGGAAGCCGAAUCUUUGAGGGUGUGGCCAAUCUCAUCUAUGACUGUUUGGACUGGCGCAGGCAAUAUCAGCACUACCUGGACAACAUCCAACUCUUCAUUGUACCCACUGUUCUGUUGGAUCCACAGCCUACAGAGGUUGUGCCGACCCCCAUGACUCCACGCUCCAAGAAGAAAUCUGUGCUUGAGGAACGCCCACCAGACCACGAGACCAAGCAGCCUCCUCCCUCUACAGAUGUGGACAUGCGUUACUAUGGCAGCCUACUCGACCUGGUUCCCCCUGAAGCCUGCUCUGUGCCUCUAAUCAUGCACUGUAUGCUGCAGCAGGUGGAGAUUUCAACAGAGCAGUAUUUGUCACGUGCGACUGAGGAGCCCAAACUUCACAAUGGUCCCGGGUUAGACUUCGAGCUGGUCAGCUUCAUGCUCCAAAGCUUCCUGCCUCUGGUCCACACCGAAGAGGAGAGAAGCCACAUGUUAAAAAGCUUGCUGACUACUGCACAAAAUGAAGAAGACCAGAAGAGGCUAGUGCAGAAGUUUGGAGCAGAGGAGACGCAGAAGAAGUGUGAGCACCCUCAGGUUAUCAGACACCAUAAUGAGAGGGCACUGCGCUUGAGGGAGGUCAAUGCGGUGCAGGGUUUUGAUCCAGCAGAGGUGGAGUUGUCCAUGAUGAGGCGGUUUCCAGUGUGGGAGCUGAUCAACUCUGUAGCUCAGCAGAGAAACAGCAACUCCUGCUGGAUGGCAAUCAAACAGCAGCUACAACACUACUGCACAGAUGAUGUUCUGUCGUGGCUGGAGGUGGAGAGUUUGAUUCAUCAGAGUGUGUUUGAGAGUAUGCCACUGACCAGGCUGGACCAAAGGGGAACACUGGAACCAGCACAGCAACAGAAGCUCACAGUAAUCCCCUGGGACAACCCACUAUUGUACGCUAAACAACAGCUUAAUAACCUACAGACUAAAGGUCCAACGAUUCUCACUGAAGAUCCUGGUAACACAGAGAUCCCUCCCCAGAUCAGUGGGAGAGUGUGUUGCCAGCUGGAUUUAUCUGACAUUCAGAGUUGUAGGCUGAGAUCUCUGUUUGACUGGCACUAUGCUGAACACCACAGUGCCUCCAUCUUCCCACAGGUACUGCAGUUAGCCUCAGAGGAAUACCGCUGCUUGGAUACCUUCAGAGGAAGUCAUAACAACAUCCUGUACAUUUUUUGUCACAAUCCUAUGAGCCCUUAUCGUCAGUGCAAGGAGUUCUGGGAUGUAGCUCUUCAUACUGAUGUCAAGUUCAGGAAGUACCUGGACCAUGUGGCAGAUCGCAUUUCGGAUUGGACAAAAGAGGAAGAAUUAAAGAGAGAGGCAAUGCAACUCAGAAGUGUAGGCCCUGCUGAGGCUCCAAAUGAUGAAAAGGCUACAGAUUCUGCAGAGGAGGAGGUCACUUUGGAGCCAGUCAUCAGAAAAGGCUCCCUUAAAGCCUGGAAGUUGGAGCAGGAUCAGCUAAAGGUGGAGGAGAUGGCCAAGAAAUCAAAGAAGGAGAGUACACCGAAAGGCAAGCAGCAGCAGAAGGAGGAGGCUAUGUCGACAGUCAAUAAGAAAAGUAAAACUUUGCCUACUGGCAAGAAGAGCAGAGCAGAUACAGCAGGCAGCUCAGCCAGGACUCACACAGAGUCCAUUACUACCACUGCGCCCCCUGUGGGGGGAAACCAAGAACUGCAUCCCUCAGAGGAGCCCGUCAAUGGUUUCACAGGCUACAGCAUGGACGGAAAGUUGAUCCAUGUCUCAGGUCGUCGCCAAUACCUUUUCCCUUCAGAUGGAGGACACAUCACUGUGGAGAAUGUCAGCUAUCUUGAAGGUUCCAGCCUAAUGACACUGGCUUUGAAGAAGGAUGGGCAUCAUUUCUGCUCUCACAUCAACCAAGUUGUUGUUGAUCCAGCAAAACAUCUCCCUCAGCCCCAAGACAAUGGCAGAAAAGAAAGUUUAAAAGUGUCAGAGCCUGUGGAGAUGAGAAGAGUGAAACAGGGCUCCUUCUCAGCAGCUUUAGACAAUGGAAUCCAUCUCUCAUACAGUUUCUAUGGUCCAACAGGAGAAUACAGAGUGAGUCCUCAGAAGUCCACAGACGAAGAGUCCACAGACACCUCCACCGUUGUCCCUAUGUCCUCCUCCACCUACCGCUCUAAGGGAACAGAUCUGGAUUCAAAUCCCUCCAAGGCACAGAGCCCAGGCAGCCAUACCAGACCUCCAGAGUCCCAGGUUCCACAUACGCACAUGGAGGCAAACAAGAAGACCGUGUGGGAAUCUAAGGUGUGUGAAGGCCAGACGGUAUUUCCAUCAAGUCCAUUCAACAGUCUCAACCUGUCUGUUCCUAAUGGCCUGCUGCUGCAAUUCCUGCGAGAGGAGACACAAGGAGUGUCGUCAGAGGAGCAGGGUUUGUUGGUGAAACAGAGCUUUCCUCUCCAUAGUAGAGGAGUUGUAACGCAGCUUCAGGACGCUUCCCUCUCCAAAGAACUGUCCCGCAUCGUCACCAACCAGGGAUCUGUGAUACGAUACAUGAGAGACGGGUCCACACAGGUUGUGUUUGCAGAUGGCUCAGUCAGUUUCAGCCAGGAUUCUGGUCCGGUGUGGGUUCCUGACUCGGAGGUUGAGGAGGAAAACACUUUUCAAGAAACUGAGGAGAACAAAAAAGAGCGACGCUCAGAGAAGGAGGCUGGUGCUCAGAGAGGUUGUUGGUUAACUACGACUCCAUCUGGAGCUCGCAUCUCCACUGUGGGCACCACACACACACACAAACUCGCCACGCCUCUCCUCGCCUUCAAGGCUACAGACCCCGUCACCCAUGAGGUGAUGGUGAGUCGGGAGGAUCUGGUGGUUUCUGUCCAGAACCCAGACGGAUCUCUCAGUGUUGAACAUGCAGACGGAACCAGGAUCACCAGCCUCUACCAAGACAGACCCUCAAGCACACCGCAGCACGCACUGCUGCACACAGGGGAGCAGCCUGAGAGUGUGAGCCUUAAAUCAACUUCUGAAUGUGCGUGCGGCUGCACUGAGUGUGUGUGUGUCACACGCUGUGCAGACAGCAUUAAUGAAAACAUCCAGGAUGCUUGUGACAAUGGAGACGAGAUUAGCAGCGACAGUGCAGGGACAGCAUGUGACAAGGAGGGAGUGAGUGAGUGUGAGCAUGUGUGCGAUGAAAAGAGUGUGUAUAAGAAUGGUGAGGAAAGUGUGUUUGCAGAGGAUACUGUGGCUGGUAAGAGGAGUGCAUGUGACAGCGAUAAGGGGAGUGCGUCUGCCAAGGAGAGGGUGGUGUUGGUGGAGAAGGAGGGCUGCUCCACAGUGGUGAUGUACCCAGAGCGACACACGGCUCACGUCUUCUUAGCAGAUGGAACUGUUAUCACUGGGAACAACCAAGGAGCCUAUGAGGUGUUUCCAUCCAGCGUGGGGCUCCUACAGAUCCAAAGUGACGGGAAAUGUGUGUACUCGUCCGACCCACUUGUAACCCCCAGUCCAAAGGGUGGCACGCCCACAAACCAGCCAGGAAGCUACGUCAUGAGUCAUACAGACAAAGUGGCUUGUGAUGUUACAGACCCCGAUGGGAACCACUUCCAGGUGAUGGAAGAUGGACAGUCAUCAGUGUUGAACUGUAGCCCUGCUCCAAGCACACUGGAACAGGAUGAGGAGGAAGAGGAGGAGGAGAGAGAAAUGUCCAGGAUGAAUGUAAAACCCAGAGAACAUUGUCCCAGGCUGUUUCUGGUGCAUGAGGAUGGCUCAGGUACUGAACUACUGAGCUCUCAAACUGUAGAGGAACUGCUCUACCAGGCAUACGCUGACCCCACCAUAGCACUGCUGAAGGAACCGCUGCCGGACACACAAGAUGAGUUUGCCGUCACCAUCCUGAAGCCCAGCCACCAGAGUGUGUGGUCCCAGUGGUUGCUGGGGAAACAGAAGCCUGACAUCACCCCUCCCAACCUCAGAAAGCGCAGCUGGUAUGACUUCCCUUUGACAGAGACGAAGAGCCCUGCUCCCCCGGUUGGUUCUGACAUAGGACAAGGUUUGGUUCUGAGAGAGAAGUCUGGUGGUUCUGCGGCACAGCGUCAACCCGUCAGGAGCUGCCCUAAAGUCCUGGAGAUGAGGGAGCUGUACCAGCACCGACCAUUCACCACUCCACUCAAAAAUACUGUGGACUCACGACUGAAGGAAUACAUGGAGAGUUUGAUGGAGAGGGAGCAGCGAUCAGAGGAGCUGAAAGUCCAAGACCCUCGCACUGACGAGGAGAGUGUUCAUGCCAGCGACCUGCUCAAUCUGGUCCUGUCUUUUGCAGAAGAAGAGGAUGCGGGUCAGAUCUUUGACAAGAGGACGUCAGCGGACAUGGCCAAUCUGUACAGCCAAGGAGUCGGAGCCCCAGUCGAGCAGUUGGAUGUUUCAGAAGACACAGUCACAGUAGCUAGUGACAGUUUUACUAAUGGAAAGGAGUCAAAAUGGACUGAAAGACUUGCACAGCACAGACAGGAGAAGUGUGAGGAGCAGGCUUACAGAGCGGCUCUGAGGAAGAAGAGCGCUGUCCCUUUUUUCCACCCAGAAAAUAUCCCAUUAUCCCAGGAUCUGCUGCAGCCCCAAACACCAGACAUGAGGAGUUUGUCCUUGGAUCUCCCUCCGAUCCCCACGUCAGACGGAGCUCAGGCCUUCCUGAAAGAUGCCCCACAAGAGAACACCCCACGACCCUUAAACCCAACACCCUCUCAAUCUGCAAGUCAUGCAGCAGGAAGUGACAGGAUGCUUGAGAAAAGACCCAGCAACCCCACGCCUCAGAGUGCAGGUGAAAGUAGUCUGAGGGGUUCACCUGGACAAUGCAAGUCAGUCCAGGUGGAUGUGACUGGAAAGCUCAGGAGGACUAAAGUGAGACUACCAACCUCUAUCCUCACUUCUAAACCUCGCAGCGUACCAAAUCAAAAGUUCCUGUCAGUGGAAGAGCCCGUGAGGAGGAAGUGUCGGACUGUUUCUCUCACUGACCCAAGUGUCAUAGCGAGGGGAUUCCAGCUGCUCCCGUGCACCGUUGACUUUGGCACACUGCAGGACGGCACCUCCUCGGCCAUUACUGUGGUGAUGAAGAAUGUGGGUGUUGACACCUGCAGGUUCCAUGUGAAGCAGCCUCCUCCUGCUACAGGCCUCCGUGUCGUCUACAAUCCUGGGCCUGUGGCUGCAGGUUUGCAUGUGGAGCUGCAGGUCCAGCUGUUUGCCAUGUGUGCUGUCAAAGAUGUCGAACCAAAGAAGUUAAUCUCCGAGGAUAUCAUCAUCCACACUGAGACAGACAUCCUCUACCUGCCUGUCACUGCUACCAUCCUUCCUGAGAGGUUAUAUGACAUCUGGGUCAAGGACCACAGCAGUACACACAACAAGAAAAGCUCCAGGGUGCGUCAACUGUCUUCCAGCCUACCUGUUGGACGACGGGCCGCACAGCCCUACAGACGACCCGACACCCUCCUCACCAGUCCUUCAGCAAACACAGAACAUCUUAAUCGCACCACUCCUCUGUGAGGAACACACAUCACCAUGCCAUCACAUACAUCAUACAACACUCAUUUAUGCUACAAAAGGAAAUAUCGGAAUGGAUGUUUAUAUUUUCCUCUGUUCCAAAUAAAAACAUUACUCAAAUAAUUGUAGGCUUUUGUGAGUAUAUUUGCAUGUGCAUGGAAGCCCC